AUGAUUUUGCCUUGGAGAUGGCACGUUCUAGCUCUCGCGUUGGUACUGUGUCUACAGGUCAUAACUGCGGGAGCUCGGAAUCUACGAGAAGACCUUACCAACAGAGAAUCUAAUCCUACAGACCUGCCACUACCCGGCUCGCUAGAUGUCGAAAGUCCAGAGUCCAAGGCCAGGGGGAGCAAUGGCCGGGAACACUCCGCUGAGCAACCGGAUGUUGAGGCGGCGUUGAAUAUCCUCCGCAGAAUAAAGGUCCCUACCAAGAAAUAUGAGAGGCCGUCUGGUGUCUUUGGCCAUGCGAGCUAUUACGGCCGCGAGUUGUUCUACCUCCUAUUUAUGAAUGCACCGUCCUCAGAUCAGCCGUCCUUGAGUCGAUUGCCUAAGAAAAAUGGAAAGCUGGUGGAGGCAGUCCGCCUGUUGGAGGGGGCCGCUCGCAGGAACAAUUCCGAUGCUACCUUUCUCCUCGCAGAGAUGAACUUCUACGGGAACUAUACACACCCACGGGAUUUUGCGAAGGCUUUUCGAUACUACGAAUCGCUGGCGACCUCGACUGGUAACAGCACUGCGCAAUAUAUGCUUGGGUUCAUGUAUGCCACUGGGAUUGGCGGGGCUGUGGAAAGGGACCAGGGCAAGGCGCUUCUAUAUCACACCUUUGCGGCCAUGGGAGGCAAUACCAGGUCACAGAUGACGCUGGCGUACCGGCGGUACGUAGGGAUUGGAGCUACGCCGGACUGCGACCAGGCGGUAUACUGGUACAAGAAGGUCGCCGACAAGGCGAUUGCAUGGUACAGGUCUGGUCCUCCUGGUGGCAUCACCAUGCGCCGAGAGGCCUUCCGUUGGGCUGAUGAGGAAGGCGGAGUGUAUGGCGAAGGGGCCAGUGUGUCCAGCGCUGGCUAUAACGCGAUGAGAGAUGUCCAUUCUAGCGCUGAUGCAAGCUUAGAUGAUGUAUUAGAAUACCUGGAUCUCAUGGCUAAGAAGGGUGAUACUAAAGCUACCUUUGGUCUUGGCAAGCUCUACUACGAAGGAUCGCGGCAGCUGGAAAGGAAUUACAAGAAAGCCAUGAUGUAUUUCGUGGUAGUUGCAAGAAAAUACUGGACAAAGGAUGGCGCUAUCAACCCAAGCCACCCGCCAGGCAUUGACAAGAUUGCGGCUCAAUCCGCAGCCCAUAUCGGUCUCAUGUUCCUUCGCGGAGAGGGUACGGAGCGGAACUACCAAAAAGCCAAGCUCUGGUUUACACGAGGAAGAGCAAAUGGUGAUUCGAUGUGCCAUCAUUAUUUAGGCCUGAUGUACUUGCAUGGCUAUGGUGUUGAACAGGAUGUGAUGAUGGCUGCUUCGUAUUUUAAGGCCGCGGCCGAACAGGAUAAUUACUAUGCGAAAACUAGGUUAGGCGCACUAUUUCUCGACCAAGGAGACGUCGUCACCGCAUCGAUAUACUUCGAAGCCGCUGCUCGCCACGGAGGCAUGGAAGCACUCUAUUACCUCGCGGGAAUUGCAGAUCGUGGUCUUGGAGGUCAGCGCCAUUGCGGAGUCGCUACAGCAUACUACAAGAUGGUCUCCGAAAAGGCGGAAGGCAUCCAUUCUGCUUUUGGCGAAGCAAACGACGCUUAUGAGAUUGGGGACAAGGAACUGGCUCUUAUCAUUGCCACCAUGGCAGCAGAGCAAGGCUAUGAGAGCGCCCAGGCAAACGUUGCCUACCUUCUCGACGAAAAGCGAUCACUGCUAUCCCUCAAUCCCAUUCUGCCAUGGAUAAAGAGCCGCCACUCGUCUCUCCUCCGCAAUGCCGCCUUGGGCUUCAUCUACUGGGCUCGUUCGGCUAAACAGGCCAACGUAGAUUCCAUGGUGAAGCUAGGGGAUUAUUACUUUGAAGGCUAUGGCACGAAUAAAGAUAUAUCCAGAGCCUUGACCUGCUAUCAUUCUGCUGCCGAGGGCCACAGUGCUCAGGCAUUCUGGAACCUUGGCUGGAUGUAUGAGAAUGGCCUACACGUUGAGCAGGACUUCCCAAUGGCUAAACGGUACUAUGACCUUGCCCUAGAGACGAACCAGGAGGCAUACUUCCCAGUCACAAUCAGCCUUCUUCGAUUGCGCAUUAGGAAUUUUUGGAAUAAGAUGAUACGAGGGAAGGCUAACACCAUCAACGCAGAGCCAGACGUAAACACUCCACGUACCUUCAAAGAAUGGAUAUCUCACUUCAUCAAUUAUAACGAAGAAGAAGAAGCAUAUCAGAGAGGACUCCGCCAACAAGACCCCGCGGACCCUGACGCCAUUCUCGAUGAUGCAGGCAAUCCGCACGGUCAGGACCAAGAUCUUAACUACUAUGACGAGGACGUCCUUGACUUCGACGACGGUAUCCUGGAAAGUCUCAUAAUAAUCGGCCUUGUCGCCACAUUAGUGCUUCUACUGCACUUCCGGCAGCAGCGGGCAGCACGUCGAGCCCAAGAAGCAAACGCCAAUCAACCCCAAGGGCAGAACAAUGACAAUCAACAACAGAACCAAGGAGCUGAUGGUGCUGGCAACGCAGGGGGAAAUAGGGGUUUCUUCCCGCAGCCGGAUGAUCCCAAUUUUGCAGCAUGGGUUGCUGGAGGCCUCGGACGAAUGGAGUCAGAACUGAUUCUCUCUCGGAAACGAAAGCUCUGUGAGGCGUCUUCUACCCUGAAGAAGCCCUUCAAGUCACCCCUCCGCAAGGGUAUAGAUGUGAGCUCCGCAGCAUCGACUGAGUCUACAUCAACCAAUAUAUCUGAUGGAAGGAUGCAUACUGUCGAAUAUACUCUGACUCCAUCUUCUCUCUCAUCUGAUUAUGCGUUUAAUUCCCCAACCACUCCACCUCAAAAAGAUACCUCUACCAGCCAGGCUCCAGUCGUCUCGCCAUCAAACACGCCUCGAGCCCGUCUUGCUUCUCUCCAGAAAGAACAACACAGUUUACAAUUCCGCCGAUGCCGCCAGCGCGAAGAACUAGACACACUCAACCAAGCAAUAAACAUUCUAGAAAAGCACAAACUUGCCGAGCUCGAAAUACUUAUACGCAAAUGGCGAGGAGUAAGCCGGGACGCAGCUGAGGAUCUGUUUGUUCGUGCUAAGGAUAAGGUGAACAGGAUGGGUGGAGUGAGGGUAUAUAAUGAAAAGACGAGAAAAGGGAAGAUGAGGCAGCAGGAGUGGGGUGGAUGGGAUGAUAAGCAGGAUGAAGACGAUGAUGAGGAAAUGGGCAGUGACGUUGAGAGGGAGCGAGAGAGAAGGAAGGCGGAGCUGGAGGAGAUGAUGUCCGUCCAGGAGAAGGAGGGAGGUGAGGCAGAGGAUGAAGAGGAGGAUAUUGAUGCUGAUGAAGAGACUUUUACAAUGGAUAUGAUGCUGAAGGGCCUUAAUGUUGAUCUUAAAAUCAUCGGCUUUGACAAGGACGGCCAGAGAUGGACUGAUUGA